UGUGUCAGUGUGUGUGUUAGUGUGUGUGUUAGUGUGUUUGCCAGAGAAGCUGUAGACAGAGGAACAGAUUGCUCACAGGAGAAUAAGGCAUCUGCUCGGAAGGGAUGAUUAUUUACUGUGGAUGGAGAGAAACAGCAUCUUUGACGUCAGGAAUAACGAUUGGUCUCAUCCGGGUUCCCUCUCGUGGCGUUAUUUGUGCGCACCAAGCGCUGCUCUACUUCCACUUUGAGCGGAGUUCUCGCUAUUGCUGCGCGCCCAGCGCUAUCCAUCUGGAGGGUCUCCAUUGCCGCUGCUCUCCGUUAUCCCCCCUCCUCCUCUCCACACAUCUCCGGGAGGGGAGGAGGAUCCGCGACAUCCCGCACAAUGAUUGCGACGGAUGAAUAUUUCCCGCUGUCGGAAUGGAGAUUGCUUUGCUGAGUUUGGAUAACGGAGCGGCCCCAGGACUGGUUGGCUCGGGGAAAGAUGCAGCCAAUGCCUCUACAAACAGCAGAGAUCUGCUCCAGAUCCCCAGGGCAACAGCUUGGCUGAAUGAUUACAGACAAGGGAGGAAAGAAGAAGGAGACAGUGGGGAGAGUAGCCAGAAGCAGCAGCAACAUCAGGCACCGGGGAUCUCAGCACCAGGAGGAGGUGGAGGAGGAGGUGUGGGCCAUCACUUGCCAAGCAACGACAUGAUCAUGAGCCACCCCAGCAGUACCAUCAAGGAGUGUAACAUAGAAACAGUGAUUCGCCUGGAGGAAGAAGAGCCUCAUGCCCGGCGACAUUCCCACCAGCACCCGGAGGAGGAGGAGGACCAUCACUUUGACCUGGGCAUUAUGGAGCACGAGAGCAACCAGAGGGUGAUCAUUAACAUUGCCGGCCUCAGGUUCGAGACUCAGCUGUCAACCCUCAACCAAUUCCCAGAUACUUUGUUAGGCGACCCCGAAAAAAGAAUGAGGUUCUUCGACCCCCUGAGGAAUGAGUACUUUUUCGACCGCAACAGACCCAGCUUCGACGGCAUCCUUUACUUCUACCAGUCUGGAGGCAAAAUCAGGCGCCCCGUCAACGUUUCUAUCGAUGUGUUCGCCAACGAGAUCCGCUUUUAUGAGCUGGGGGAAGAGGCGAUGGAGAGAUUCAGGGAGGAUGAGGGUUUCAUCAAAGACGAGGAGAAGCCCCUUCCUUGCAAUGAGUUCCAGCGCCAGGUAUGGCUGAUCUUUGAGUACCCUGAGAGCUCCAGUUCUGCAAGAGGAAUUGCUAUAGUGUCUGUGUUGGUCAUUCUCAUCUCCAUUAUCACCUUCUGCCUGGAGACCUUGCCUGAGUUCAGGGAUGAGAAUGAACUACCCCCAGCGCUGUCCAAUGUGCUGAAUGAUACUCAGGAGCAUCCUUCCCCACCCAGUGGCCUCACAGACCCAUUCUUCAUUAUAGAGACAACUUGUGUCAUCUGGUUCACCUUUGAGCUCCUAGUCAGGUUCUUUGCCUGCCCCAGCAAAUCGGAAUUCUCUAAAAAUAUCAUGAACAUCAUUGAUAUUGUGGCCAUCAUACCUUACUUCAUCACCUUAGGAACAGAGCUGGCCCAUCAACAGACUAACAAUGGGCAGCAGGCUAUGUCUUUGGCCAUACUGAGGGUCAUCCGCUUAGUUAGAGUCUUCAGGAUAUUUAAACUCUCCAGACAUUCCAAGGGACUCCAGAUCUUGGGGCAGACACUGAAAGCCAGCAUGAGGGAGCUGGGAUUGCUAAUAUUUUUCCUCUUCAUCGGAGUUAUCCUUUUUUCCAGUGCAGUUUAUUUUGCUGAGGCUGAUGACCCAGAAUCUCAUUUCUCAAGUAUCCCAGAUGCUUUUUGGUGGGCUGUAGUCACUAUGACUACAGUUGGGUAUGGAGACAUGAGACCAGUGACGGUUGGGGGUAAAAUCGUGGGUUCUUUGUGUGCCAUUGCUGGUGUGCUCACCAUUGCUUUGCCAGUCCCUGUCAUUGUCUCUAACUUUAACUAUUUCUAUCACCGAGAAACUGACCAAGAGGAACAGGUAAUGCUCAAUGAGGAAUCAAGCAGCCGCCAGGGAAGCUGUGCUGGAGACCUCAAGAGAAGUCCAAGCAGAACCUCCCUCAGCAAGUCUGUUGUACACUUGGAGAACAUUGAAGGCAUCAAUAAUGGCACUGGCUCUUUAGAAAAAACUAACCUCAAAGCCAAGAGCAAUGUAGACCUCAGAAAGUCCCUCUAUGCUCUUUGUCUGGACACCAAUAGGGAAACAGAUCUGUAGAACCAAUCCCCUACCAAUACAAAAACUAAAACUGAACAAGGGGUUCUACACUUUAAUAUAGAGAAUCUAUGAAUGUCCUCUGACGGUAGCGAGUGAACAGUAUUUGCUCUUGGAACACAUUUUGUUACUAUUUUUUUCAGUAUUUCAGCUCAUGAUUCUAAUUUUAUAACCGUCAGGAGUCUGAGGAGUGAAAGGUUUAUUCCUUACUGGAAUACAGAAUGUUUAUUUUUUAAUGCUGAAAAAAAAGAAACUGUAGGUCGAUUCAGGAAGAAAACAUUAUACAAUAUACUUUUAUAUAAUGACUGAAAGGAAAAUAGGUCACUCCUGCGCAAAAUGUACCAGAAAAAUAUUUUAAUGGACUUUGCAUUUUUUUUUUUUGUACUGUAUUUUCACGAUAUAUUUCAUCACCGAUAUGAACAUAUAUUCUGAAAUUACACUACUGGUAAACAAUGUUCUGUUUUUUUUUUUAUAGUAUGUGCAGUGAAUUUGGUGCUCUUGAAUUUAGCAGGAAAUAUUUUUGUUUUCUCUGAGAAAAUAUUGUAUGGUUAUAUAUAUAUAUAUUAUAUAUAUAUAUAUAUAUAUAUAAAAUAUAUGUGAGCCUUAAUUUAUUAACGAUAUAUUUCUUUACAAAAUACUUUAUUAAAAUUUGAUGUUACAGAAACUCCGUUUUUUAAUACUUCUCUUUUUAGGUUUUUCGAAGGGAAAUUUGCUUCUGUAGAAAUAAGAAUUUGGCUACUGUUGUAUUUAUAAGAUUAAAGGCAGAUUAUUUUUUAACUGCACAGUAAAACAUCAUCUUUAGUGCAAAAAAACAAAUUAUUUUGCUGAAAACCUUUAUUCAAUCAGUUUUUCAUGUUUUGCUGACUUGUUUUCAUGCAACAGAAUUCACUUAUAUUUUGUUUGUAGCAUUCAAAGAACAGUGUACACCAAAAAGAGGAUUUUGCUUUGAUUUUAAUCAAAUCUGUCAAAUGUUUAAAAGAAAUUCUCUGGGGGAGACAACUUUGGAAUGAAACAAGCUGGUUUAGGUAUUGGGGUUCAAAAACCAACUCUAAAUGGUCAAAAGGAAUCUACCAGGAUUAAGAGGAGACACCCAGAAAUAAUACCACAAUGGAAUUAAUUGUUUAUUAUCAAGAUCAUCAGAAGCUUUGCAACACUUAAUGGCAGUCACCAAGAUUAAAGGACUGGAGGAAUGAAAGGCUGGAAAGAACACGACAUAAAAGGGAACACACCUCAUAACAAUUGUUGAAGCUAUAACUGAUUGGAUGUCUGAGACAAAAGAUGUAAAGAACACAGUAUUGAAUGGGCUACCAGAAAACAUCUUACGAUUACAUUUAAAAAGAAAUACAAGUUAUACUUAGCGUUAUUUAUUAUUUAGCAUUAUUUAUUAUUAUUAUUAUUGCAGUUUAUGGACAUAAUAUUUAGCUCUGUACAAUAAAAUGACCACAAGGCAACA